CUUGCUGAUGCACACCUCCUCUUCACAAACACAAACCUGAUUCUCCCUUCAUAAAAACAGGAGGAGGAGCGUCGCAAGGAUAUAAAGCUGAAUAUAACACCGACUCCAAUUUUCACUCAUUUCCACUGAUACUCAAAAGACAGAAACAGACACAGCCGUGAAACAUGAAAGGAAAAGGUGUUGUGCUGUUGUGUGUGUUGCCGCUGGUGCUGAGCCAGCAAAAAACCUUCAGCUGGGACGGACCGGGACAAACCAUUGCUCCAGAUCCCAUCAAUCCGUGCCUGACUGACGACAGCUCAUGUAGUUGUUGUGUGAUGCAGAAGAAAAAAUGGGAGCUAGAGCAAUAUUUAAACUCCACUAUGAAUUCAUUGGAGGAUCUGCUGAUUAGGGCACAAAACACACUGAAAAACAUCAGAGACAGUCGAGUGGCAUUUUCUGUGGGUCUAACCGACAAGAGACGCUGCAUUGGUCCGUUGAGGGCAGCGACAAAUGUGGUCUAUCAAAGCAUCUUCAUCAACAUCGGAGAGGCCUAUAACUCAACCACCGGUGUGUUCACGGUUCCACAGUCAGGGGUGUAUAACCUGGCCUUUACUGUGUUCAGCGACGCAGGCUCACCAGGCGCAUUGCUGGCUGUCUGUGCCAACAUCAGGAAGAACGGCGUGGCUCUAGCUGCACUUAGGGAGAUUUAUGAUCAAGACCAGGAGGAUCAGGCCACUGCCGUCCUGCUUGUGCAGCUCACCACAGGGGACCGCAUUACCAUCAGUCUCCAGGCUGGCUGCUGGAUCUGUGACGAUCAGAAUCACUAUAACACAUUUAGUGGUUUUCUGCUGUACGCUACAGAUUGAAGCACAUACACACAAACAAACAUGUAGAUAUUUGUGGUAUACAGGGACUCUCCAUAGGCAUAAUGGUUUUUAUACUGUACAAACUACACCUGAACCUACCCCUGGCAAGAAACGCUUUUUCACAUUUUCACAAAAGAAAAACACCACUUGAUGUUUUUUUGAGCAUUUAAAAUUAUGGCGACAGUGGAAGUGUCCUCAUAAACCACUGUCAAAUUGUAACACCCAUGUCAUU